CGCCUCCACUUUCAAAUAAUAAAAAAUCAGCAAAUCAACGAUCAUCACCAGGACCAUUGCAACAAUCAUUGCUGGGACAAUUGCAUGAACAACCACCUGAAUCAAUACAUGAACAACCACCAGGACUGUUAUGA